AUGGGGGAAUUGAAUGGACUCUUCAUCUGCUUUUAUCCCCUCUUACUGAGUGCAGGAUUACUUUGCUCAAAUGUAGAACACCGCCUUUAUGAGGUUUUGUUGAAGUCCUACAAUCCAUAUAUUCGGCCUGUGAAGAAUGUGUCUGAUCCAGUCAUUCUUCAUUUUGAAGUAUCAAUGUCUCAGCUUGUUAAAGUGGAUGAAGUUAACCAGAUCAUGGAAACUAACCUGUGGUUAAAACAUCUAUGGAAUGACUACAAGUUGAAAUGGAACCCAAGUGAAUAUGGUGGUAUUGAAUUUCUUCGAAUUCCUGCCAGUCAGAUCUGGAGACCUGAUAUUGUCCUGUAUAACAAUGCAGUGGGAGCAUUCCGUGUGGAUGAUAAAGCCAAAGCAGUGGUGAAAUAUUCAGGAGACGUGACCUGGAUCCCUCCAGCAAUAUUCAAGAGUUCCUGUAAGAUAGAUGUCACCUUUUUCCCCUUUGACUACCAGAACUGUUCCUUAAAGUUUGGUUCCUGGACCUACGACAAAGCAAAUAUUGAUCUUGUGAUGAUUGGUUCUGAAAUUAACCUGAAAGAAUUCUGGGAAAGUGGAGAAUGGGUCAUUAUCAAUGCUCCAGGAUACAAGCAUGAAAUUAAGUACAACUGUUGUGUGGAAAUCUACCAGGAUAUCACGUAUUCCUUGUACAUAAAACGACUGCCAUUAUUCUAUACUAUUUAUAUAAUAAUCCCAUGCCUUCUUAUCUCCUGCUUGACUAUCUUGGUUUUCUAUUUGCCUUCUGAUUGUGGAGAGAAAGUUAACCUAUGUAUGUCUGUUCUUUUAUCUUUAACAGUCUUUCUUCUGGUUAUAACAGAAAUCAUUCCCUCUACGUCACUAGUCAUCCCGCUUAUAGGUGAAUAUCUGCUUUUUACAAUGAUAUUCGUAACCCUUUCUAUAGUUAUAACUGUAUUUGUGCUGAAUGUACACUACAGAACUCCAAAGACACAUACCAUGCCCCAGUGGGUAAAGAAGAUCUUCUUGCACUUGCUUCCAAAAAUUAUGUGUAUGACUAGGCCAGAAAAGCAAUUGUAUGCUUUGAAGCCAAAAGCAAACUUGGACAUUUGCAACAUAAAUAGUAUUAGCAGUUCUGAGAUCCGAAGCUGUCAAGACCAAUUGUAUUAUCAGGACAGUUCAUGCGCAUGUGGCCAGCUGAGGAGGCUGUACACCUCAAGAGAUUCCAGCUUAGAAUCUGUGUACAGUCUGGGUUUGCAUUCAGGUCCAGGACUAUCACCAGAGAUAAGAGAAGCCAUAGAAAAUGUACGUUUUAUUGCUGAGAACAUGAAGGCACAGGAUGAAGCCAAGGAGAUACAAGAUGAUUGGAAAUAUGUUGCAAUGGUAAUUGACCGUAUUUUCCUGUGGGUGUUUGUACUUGUCUGUAUUCUGGGAACUACUGGACUUUUCUUACAACCGUUGUUGUUUAGUGACUAAAUACUUCAGGGUUUACAGAUAUGAAAAUGUAAAAACUAACUCUGGGAGAGAUGGCUUUCCUGUAAUUUGGAGCUUUCUGGAUACCUAGGGUUGGUUUCAGAGUAUAUGUUUGUACAUACUGCAUAUAAGUUUACCUAUAAAAAUAGGUUACUUGUUCUAUGGCAAAAAUUCUGCACAUCACUCAUGCUAACCUAGUCAAAGAAAUUUUAGAAUGUACAGGUUUUUUUUAAAAUAUAAUAUAGAUAAGAUAAGACAUUAAGAUAUUAAAUACAGGUCUUAUCUGAAUAAAGAAUUCUAUACAAUAGAAAAAAAGAAUGACGUAUUCAAAGUUAUGUGGGUCUCUGUCCUAGUUGUGCCUCUGACAAUAGGCAUUUCAUGCAGAUGUCUGUGGUUCCUAAUGGUUGUUGUCUAUGAUAUUAAAAUCCUCCCAUGUCUCUAUAGUGUUUUACUCUCUUACUAGCAACCCCAUUGCUGUAAAGUUACCCCUGGAUAAAAGACAAGAGAAGAAUAAUUAGUUCUCCGAGCUGGCUGAGCUUCUUUGUUCAGUUUGG